AAAAUAACUUUGAAAAUGGGCGCCGCCUACCGGCCGGGGCGGGCGGCGUGUAUCAGCUCAGUGGCAGCCGCGACGCCGCCGCCGCUAGAGGAGCGGUCGAGGUGGAGCGCGCGAGCCCCAAGCCCGGAGAGUGGUGGCGGCGCCGGCGCGGGAUGCGCCGCCAUGCCGGUGCGACAUCGCGAACUCGGCGACGAGCUUGCGCAGCCGGAGCCCAAGCGCUGCAGACACUGCGACGAAAGCCGAUCAGUGUGCGGCGGAGGCAGCGGGUCCGAGGGCUCGGAACAGCGCGCUUCGUGGCGGGUGACGCUGGACCACGACCUGGUUGAGACGCUCAGCGCCAUCUACCCUGAGUGGUUCAAGCCUCAGCACAAACGCGAGCGCAGCCGCGCCGCCUCACCGGUCUCGCCGGUCUCCCCGCCGCGCACCCCGGCUUCCCCGCCUUCUGACGAUAUCUUCAGUUCGGGCGCAGAGGAGAUGGCAGGGCGGGAGGCGAGCGGCAGCGGGGCCAGCGAGGCAUCGAGCUCGCCUCGCGUAUCACCGCCCAAGGUGGUCGUCGACGACAGUCCACUGCAACCGGCCAUGGGCAAGCACAAGGAAUCAUUGAAAGUAAAGCUGAUGAUGAGGAGGCCUAUCACGCAGCUCGUGGCGCAAGGAAUUAUGCCUCCUCAGAAAACCCCACCAGCGUAUUUUGAACAAUGCAAACAAUUACAAAGAGCGAAAACUGGAGAUUUACUCAAGGCGAAGAUACAACGGCGGCCGGACCGCCAAGAAUUAGAACGAUUACAUAUCUUGGAACAGGAGAGCCACGUAGAUCCGAGCCUAGCGGAGAAGCAGCGGAUGCUGAAGAAAGCGCGGUUGGCGGACCAGCUCAACGACCAGCUGUCGCAUCGACCCGGCCCGCUCGAGCUCAUCAAAAAGAACAUCCUCCACACCGAGGAGAACAUUGAGACUGCCGUGAAGACCGGCAUCCUCGCCUUCAAGGCCACCAGCGAAGGCGCCUCCGCCCGCCCCCAACACCCCUCCUCCUAUUGCGGACCCCCCGAAGAAGUCUCCCCAUCCCCUUCCCCACCUUCGACACUCUCCCCCGCAAGCGUCGCCUCUCCCCCGCAGCACCCUGCUCCUGGCAAGGACAAAAAUCGCAAGAAAAAUAAACAAAAACAGCAACCGAAAGCUCGCUUCAAGUUCCACGAGUAUAAAGGACCUCCGAACGCCCAGAAGUCUACGUCGCCGCCGGGGUCUGUCGAGACUCCUUACGAGCUGUUGCUUCAACAACAGCAGCUGCUACUACAGCUGAUGCCGGCGUCGCCCGCCGCGUCUGUGGCGUCUGACUGUUCGGACGUCUACCCCGCGCCUCCCCCGCCCCCACCACCGCCCGCGCCCCUCGCUUCCUUCACCAUAGUUUCUCGUUUCGAGGACAUGAAAGUCUCAGAUUUACGCGCCGAGUGCAAACGCCGCAACUUACCAGUAUCGGGGCCCAAGCCACAGUUGAUUCAAAGACUGCGAUCAUUCAUGGACAAACAGGAGGAAGCUCCGCGGUCGCCGGCGUCUGUCGCUUCAAUAGCUUCAAUCGCGUCCGUCGCGUCCGUUGCGUCGGUCGCGUCUCCGGAGUCCAGGCUAGAGGACGCGUCGGAGGACAUAGUGCAAUCGCAGAGGCGGCAGAUCGAGGAGCUGGAGAGGAAGUUGGAGGCCUCCCGCCAGCAAAUGGAGGCGGUGAGGCGCGAGGCGGCGGGCGCGGCGGCCAGCGACCAGAGCCGGCGGCUGCUGCAGGCGCACAUCUGCAUGACGCAGCUGCGCGCGCAGCUCGACGCGCUGCAGCAGCCGCGCCUCGUGCUGGCCGACGCCGCGCCCGACCGCGUCGUGCGCCUCUACACCGUCGCCUCGCCCGCCGACGCCGCCGACGACCGCCACCAGCAGAAGAACCCCGCUUACAUUCUCAACGGCGUCAAAGUGGUGCCCAUCGCGAUUUUGCCCUCGCAUUAUGAUCCGGAGCGCGCGGCGCCCCCUCCUAUUCCCCCUCCUCCGCCCCCGCCGCCUCCGCCCCCGCAGCUGCCCUCGCUGCGGGACUGCACGGAGGACAGCCAGAUAAUGGAUGACGUGCUGGAGAUCCUCGUCGAGAACGGCGAGCUACCGCCGUCUGCGGUGGACGAGUCGCCGCGCCCCGUUCCUAACAACUAUUUGAACAACUCCUCGAAUGCGUUUUCUCCGCCGGACGUGCUCACAGAUGACGUCCUGAAUGACACGCACGUGAGAGACUCCUUGGCGGCCGAGGAGCUGCAGAGAGAACUAGAUGACAUUCAAAACGAGAUCAUGAAUCACGCUGACAUGCAAUCCGUCAACAACGUCGACCACCACAACAACGAAAUCGACCACGAUUUGAGCGUAGAUCUCCUCUCGAAUGAAGAUUUCCACCCGGAUUUCGGCGCGCCCGACUCUUCGACCGACCACGACUUCUUCAGUCUGCUAUCCGGCGACGGGCUCCCCGGCCGCACUGAAGACAAAACGCAGAUUCCGAUGGACAUAGGCGAUGAAAACGAGAGAAUCUGUAUGAAUCCGCUCGCCAACGACAUUCUCGAUUAUACCAGAACCAGUUUCGACUACAUGGAGGAUCUGUCUCUGCCGUCGUUCCAAAACGAGGGUUCUCGAAGCGCGUUCGAGGAGCGGGGCGAGUUCGACCUGAAGGAGCUGAUCGAUGCGAACAUGAACGUGGACGAGGAGGAGGUCGAGGGCGAGGACGAGGACGAGGGCUACUACCGGGGCGCGGAGCGGGCGCCGAACCUGUUCGGGCGCGGGCCGGCGGCGCAGUGCGACCCGCUGCUGGGCGGCGCGCCGCCGCGUCCGCCGCCGCGACUCGCGCCCGCGCGCUGCUGCUGGGACCGCAUCGAGUACGACCUCACCUGACGCUGAUCUCCAUGCCGCAUGGCGCGAUUACCGCAUGACCGCAUGAUGAGCUCUUCCACUAUGUGACUUAUUGUCGACACCCGGUGUCGCAGACGAUGGACUAGACCGUUUCCUGGACUAGAUAGUUUGUAUUAUUAUUCGGUACUUAAUAGUCUGUAUGUUUGUGUCGCUAGUUGAUAAAUAGUCUAAUUUUACCAUUCGUACACUUAGUGAGUGUUAGCGUCCGUCGCCACCGAACGCAGGGACAUACUUGGCUCACGUUUUGUAAAUCCAUUUUUAUUUUCUAUUUGUAGGCGUAUCUACUUAUGUAUAUAUUGAAAAUAAUACUCAACAUAGUUGUGGAUUUCUGCAUUCCGCCCGAUGACUUAAACCUAGGGAAAAUUAUCAUAAGAAUCGUUUUUGUUGAAACACGAACAUCCGAUCGAAGAGACACCUGGUUACGUACACUAUUAUGUUAUUUAUGAAUGUUUAAAAAUGUCGAUGUCGUGUCAAUAAUAGAAUCCGGUGCCGCCGGCCGCCGCUCGGUCGCGGUCGUUUCCCAAAUAAAUAAGUGACAUUCCAGUCUUGUGGAAGUGCAAGCGCCAUCUAAUGCCCGCUGCGCUACUCUCGGCAUAACUAAGGGUUGCACGUUCGCAAGCAUCGUCAUGGGUGGGACCAGCCUGGGAACAAUGUUAGAUACGAAUCGUUUAGGUAAAGUAGGCCUCCUCGCGUCUACAAUUAUGCAAACAUUCUGAUGUCACUCGUUGUCUGUUCACUGUCCUUCCAUAUUUCGAGAUUCAUAAAUUAUUCUAUUAUUGUAGUUUAUAACACAAUUUCUAGUAAUAUUGAUGAUUUUUCACUAUGGAUUAGAUGUUUCGUUUACCUAGAAGAAUUAUUAUAAGGAUUGUAUCAACAUAACAUUCUUGAAAAUGUAUCAUUCCAAUAUAUCGUCUAAAGUGUAGGAUAGGUGCACUAUUAUUAUCAAUAAGUUUGACUGUAGCUCCGUACUUAAUACACCGCUAGACUGCUUGCAUAAUUGUUGAAUCGCAUUAUUUGUAACUUAUUUAUUUAUCGUACCUACAAUAUUAUGCCAUUGCUAGGAAUGAGUGAUCAUGAAUCUUGCGUUUGCCGUUGCUUUAUUGGGAUACAUAUUUUAAAAGCGGAAUAUAUGAAUCGAAAACAUAUUGCCAUUAUUUGCAUUUAUAUUAUAUUAAAAGUUUUCAUUACCUGAGACUACAACGAAUAAAGUGUGCCCUGACUGUGCCAAUGUAUAUUGAUGUUUGUGGCAUUAAAUGGCUUCCUCACAUGCAAAUACAAUUUUGUAUAAUAUUGGCCUGAGUAUAUAAACGUUGGUGGUAAAAUAUGUGGCGGUACUUCACGAGGCCUUGAUGAAGUACUGCCAAAUAUGGAUUGGUGCUAUUUAUUUGUGGAAGAAUUUUAUUAAAUAGAGAAAUAUAUUAGCUUUGGAUAGAAUUUUAUUCAGUAACCUCAAAUAGAUCAUAUUCUCGCUUCAAAUCCACUAAUGUGUCUAAUGAUGUUACUUCCCUUUAUUACUAUUUAUUGAAAACUAUGUAUAAGCGUAAAUCAUGUUUAAUGUAAUUUGAAUGAAGACAAGGCAUUAUUUUCAACUUACUAAUAUUGUUUACUUUUUAAGUGAACUUUAGUAAUAUUCCAUUAACUAAGUAAAUUUUAACGAAACUUACUAGUUUUAAAUAUUUAAAGAAAUCUAUUGCUCACUAUCGAAAUUAUACCUAUUCUUUUAGCCAAUAUUCUAGUAGGGAAUUUCUUACUUUGUUCAUCACAGAUGUUGCGCUAUGAUCAUCGAUGCACGUCAUGAUGAUGGCUAAUCCGCGGCAAAAUCGUUGCGCCAUAAACGAAUUUCUUAAUACAUCUAUGGCAGUUGCCAUUGUGACUAAUUGUUAGAUGUGUAUUGUAUUGAUUUAGUGAGAAUGAUCUUUAUAUACGAAUAUCAUGUAUAUCUGAUCGCGGUCAUCUGGCGCAAGUCUAGCCACGGGUGGUAGCUUGUCAGGAAAGGAAGCUGGUGCGAUUUUUAUAAAUCCCUCGUGUGUAACUGGCCUAGUGUGUUACAUAGCUUUGUAUUUAUAUUUGAUACUAGAUAUAUCUAUUUAACGAGAUACUAAGUGAGAUUAAUGUUUGAAUAGUGUAUUAUCUGCAUAUUUGUUAUUGUUGUAAUUAUUUUAGGAGAGUUUUUAAUAUUUGUUUUCUAGUAGGUUAUAUUCCGAGUCAGUGAGAAGGUGUGAAAUUAUGUAACGAUACUAAAUGAUAUUAUAUCUACUUAGCUCUCUGCAAUACUGCUGUUGUCAGCAUAACAUUUGUAGUAAUUGGCUUUGUUAUCUUUCUAUUAACUAUUUCUGUGUAAUCACUUAUUUAACUAUAUUCAUUUAAACAAUAUAUAUAUAUAAACGUGGCUGAAAGCCUGCGAUGUGUAACAGAGCCAAGUAUAUAAUAUGUAACUGUAAUGAUGUGAUAACUACAGGAGUUGAGCCUGUAGAGUAAUUGGAUAGUUUUUUACCUUGCCCUGUAAUGAGAAGCCUUGUAAAUACUUAUCAAGCCUUUAUUAGCAUAAGGAAAGAAUGUUAAAUUAAAAAUUUUGACACAAUAA